AUGAAAAAUUCCCACCAAUUUGGCGGAAAAGUAAUUUUAUUAGGUGGUGAUUUUAGACAGACUUUACCAGUAGUGCCUAAAGGCUCCAAAGUCGAUAUUAUAGAGUCCUCUAUAAAAAGUUCAUAUUUAUGGAUUCAUUUUAAAAUAAUACAUUUGAUUGAUAAUAUGCGUAUUUCAUCAGAUCAAGUUGAUUACAAUGCUUGGUUACUUAAAAUUGGAGAUGGGCUAUCACGCAGCAAUUCUGAUCUUCCUACAAAUAGUGUUGAAAUCCCACCUUAUUUUCUUGAAAAUGAUUCAUUAAUAAAAUGUGUGUAUGGUAAUUCUAUAGAAAUUGCUGAUAUAGAUAGUCUUUCUACUAAAAUAAUAUUAACCACCAAAAAUAAAAUUGCACUUACCCUCAACAACGAUAUCAUUAAUAUAAUUUCAGGCCCUAUCAAACAUUAUUAUAGUGCAGAUUCCAUUGAAAGGGAUAAUAAAGAUGAUAUGAUGAAUUUUCCACUAGAAUUUUUGCAUUCACAAACUCCAUCCGGUAUGCCACCUCACAAGCUAACACUUAAGGUUGGUACAAUUGUUAUGCUAUUACGCAACUUGAGCCCAAAGAAAGGACUUUGUAAUGGUACCCGUUUAAUCAUACGACAUUUACAUAUUAAUUUUAUCGACGCUGAGGUAUUGACAGGCACUAAUAAGGGUUAUCGAGUUUUUCUCCCACGAAUAGAUCUAGCUCCAAGUGACUCUCAGUUACCAUUUACUUUAAAAAGACGACAGUUUCCUAUAAUUCCCGCUUUUGUGAUUACAAUAAAUAAAAGUCAAGGACAAACUUUUGAUCAUGUAGGCUUAUUCCUCCCUGAGCCCGUCUUUGCCCAUGGACAACUAUAUGUGGCUCUUACUAGAUACAUAGAAGCAUACGAUGGAAUCGAUAAUGAUAAUGGGCCCGGAGCUAUAUUUACCAAUUGCGAGAAGGGCCCCCACUUCUGCUACAAAUACUUCUUUGGCGUUAAUGUGGUUGAUAGCAUGAGGAGAGAUGUUAAAGAUCAGUGUUAUUCCGUUGUUGAAUGGUGGAUAUGCAGGACGUCUGUAGAUUCAGAUGACAAUACCCACGAGAAUGAACUUACCACGAAGCUGAUGAUAGAUCUCCUCUAUAUCCCCAAACUGUUGACGUGUGAAGAUAAUCAAGAAGCUGUAGGAGGGUUAUCAAUCCUCCAUUCUUGGAUACCCGAGUCAUCUAAUAACAGUGAGAAAAUAUCCGAUGAGGACUAA